CGCCGCCAGCCGCGGGGUGUCAGCGGCAGCCCAGUGAUGGCGGCUCUGGGGCGCUGGCAGUCGCGGCGCCUGGGGGCGCCGGGGGGGCUGUGCUGCUCCUAAUCGGCGUCGGGCCCCUGCGCCAUGGGGAGGAGCCGCGGCUGGCGGCUGGCCUGAGUCGGCGGUGGCGGCGACAGCGACAGCGGAGGGCGCGGCAUUGCCAAGGGAGACCCGCCGCGGGGGCCGCGACCUGUGCCUCCGGGGAUGUUGCGGUGGGUCCGGCAGCAGCUGGGUUUUGACCCACCGCAUCAAAGCGAUACAAGAACUAUAUAUAUAGCUAAUCGUUUUCCCCAGCAUGGCCAUUAUGUUCCUCAGAAGUUUGUGGACAACAGAAUAGUAUCAUCCAAGUAUACGGUGUGGAAUUUUGUUCCAAAAAACUUAUUUGAGCAGUUCAGAAGAGUAGCUAACUUUUAUUUUCUGAUUAUAUUUUUGGUUCAGCUCAUGAUAGAUACCCCUACCAGUCCUAUUACCAGUGGAUUGCCAUUAUUCUUUGUCAUAACUGUGACAGCCAUAAAACAGGGUUAUGAAGACUGGCUACGACACAAAGCAGACAAUGAAGUGAACGGUGCUCCAGUUUAUGUUGUUCGAAGUGGUGGCCUUGUAAAAACUAGAUCUAAAAACAUUCGGGUGGGGGACAUUGUCAGAGUAGCCAAAGAUGAGACUUUUCCUGUUGAUCUGGUGCUUCUGUCAUCUGAUCGAGUGGAUGGUUCAUGCCAUGUUACUACUGCAAGUUUGGAUGGAGAGACCAAUCUUAAGACACAUGUUGCAGUCCCAGAAACAGCAGUGUUACAAUCUGUUGCCAACCUGGACAAACUUGUAGCUGUUAUAGAAUGUCAGCAGCCAGAAGCGGAUCUAUACAGGUUUGUUGGAAGAAUAACUGUAAGUCAACAAACUGAAGAAAUUGUAAGACCUCUUGGGCCUGAAAGUCUCUUACUUCGUGGAGCAAGAUUAAAAAACACUAAAGAAAUAUUUGGUGUUGCAGUGUAUACAGGUAUGGAGACAAAGAUGGCAUUAAAUUACAAGAGUAAAUCUCAGAAACGGUCAGCAGUAGAAAAGUCCAUGAAUUCCUUUUUGAUUAUUUAUCUAAUAAUCCUCCUCUUUGAAGCCAUUCUGAGCACUAUUUUAAAGUAUGCAUGGCAAGCUGAAGAAAAAUGGGAUGAGCCUUGGUAUAAUGAAAAAACGGAGCAUGAAAGAAACAGCAGUAAGAUUCUUAGAUUUAUUUCAGAUUUUCUUGCUUUUCUGGUACUUUACAAUUUUAUCAUACCUAUUUCACUUUAUGUGACUGUUGAGAUGCAGAAAUUUCUUGGAUCUUUUUUUAUUGGCUGGGAUCUUGACCUCUAUCAUGAAGAAACAAACCAGAGAGCACAAGUAAAUACUUCAGACCUCAAUGAGGAACUGGGACAGGUAGAGUAUGUGUUUACAGACAAAACCGGUACAUUAACUGAAAAUGAGAUGCAGUUUCGGGAGUGCUCCAUUAAUGGCAUAAAGUACCAAGAGGUCAAUGGUAAACUAACUCCAGAGGGGUUUUCUGAAGAUUCACCAGAUGGAAAUAUACAUAGUUUGAUGAAAGAGGAGGAGCUCUUCUUGAAAGCGGUUUGUCUUUGUCAUACAGUUCAGAUCAAUGCAGAUCAGACAGAUGGUGCUGAUGCCCCCUGGCAUGCCAAUGGAAUAGCAUCUCCGUUGGAGUAUUAUGCUUCUUCACCAGAUGAGAAAGCUUUAGUUGAAGCUGCAAGCCGGGUUGGAGUUGUAUUUACUGGAACUACUGGGGACAGUAUGGAAGUAAAAAGUCUUGGAAAACCAGAAAGGUAUAAAUUACUUCAUGUUUUGGAGUUUGACCCAAAUCGCAGACGAAUGAGUGUCAUUGUAGAGAGUCCCUCAGGGGAAAAGCUUUUAUUCACAAAAGGAGCAGAAUCUUCCAUUCUUCCUCGUAGUAAGAGUGGAGAAAUAGACAAAACAAGGAUACAUGUGGAUGAAUUUGCUUUGAAAGGACUAAGAACUUUAUGCGUAGCCUACAGAAAAUUCACACCUGAAGAGUAUCAAGAAAUUGGCAAACGGCUCCACGAGGCUAGGACUGCCUUACAACAACGGGAAGAAAGAUUAGCAGAUGUAUUCAACUUCAUAGAAAGGGAUCUGGAAUUACUUGGGGCUACAGGAGUAGAAGACAAACUGCAAGAUAAAGUCCAAGAAACUAUAGAAGCACUCAGGUUGGCUGGUAUCAAAGUGUGGGUACUCACUGGAGAUAAGCAUGAAACAGCUGUUAGUGUCAGCUUAUCAUGUGGACACUUUCAUAGAACCAUGAACAUCCUUGAGCUUGUGCAACACAAGUCAGACAGUACAUGCGCAGAACAACUGAGGCAGCUAGCCAAGAGAAUAAAGGAAGACCAUGUUAUCCAGCAUGGACUUGUUGUGGAUGGGACCAGCCUCUCUCUUGCACUCAGGGAACAUGAAAAACUGUUCAUGGAAGUUUGCAAAAACUGUUCUGCAGUGUUGUGCUGUCGCAUGGCACCCCUUCAGAAAGCAAAAGUAGUGCGACUGUUAAAAACAUCUCCAGAGAAACCUAUAACAUUAGCGAUUGGUGAUGGGGCUAAUGAUGUGAGCAUGAUACAAGAAGCACAUGUUGGCAUAGGAAUCAUGGGCAAGGAAGGAAGACAAGCUGUAAGAAACAGUGACUAUGCAAUAGCACGGUUUAAAUUCCUCUCCAAGUUGCUUUUUGUUCAUGGACACUUUUACUAUAUUAGAAUAGCAACCCUUGUACAGUACUUUUUUUAUAAGAAUGUGUGCUUUAUUACACCACAAUUUUUAUAUCAGUUCUUCUGUUUGUUUUCACAACAAACACUCUAUGACAGUGUAUACCUGACUUUGUACAAUAUUUGUUUCACUUCCUUGCCUGUCCUCAUAUACAGUCUUUUUGAACAGCAUGUGCAUCCGCAUGUUUUACAGAGUAAACCUGUGCUCUAUCGAGAUAUCAGUAAAAAUGCUCAGCUGGGAUUUAAACCAUUUCUUUACUGGACCGUCUUGGGCUUCUUCCAUGCAUUUGUUUUCUUUUAUGGCUCGUAUCUUCUAAUGGGAGAAGAUACUUCUCUACUGGGAAAUGGCCAGAUGUUUGGAAACUGGACAUUUGGUACUUUGGUCUUCACUGUUAUGGUUAUAACUGUUACAAUGAAGAUGGCACUAGAAACUCACUUCUGGACAUGGAUAAACCAUUUUGUUACUUGGGGAUCCAUUGUAUUUUAUUUCCUAUUCUCCUUGUUUUAUGGGGGAAUAAUCUGGCCAUUUUUACAUACACAGGACAUGUACUUUGUAUUUGUUCAGCUGUUGUCAAGUGGUUCUGCUUGGUUUGCCAUAAUCGUCAUAGUAGUUGCUUGUUUGUUUAUUGAUGUUGUGAAGAAAGUGCUGUACAGACAUCUACAACCAACAAGUACUGAAAAAGCUCAGAUGUACUCCAACAGAGUUGCUUUAAGUGACGAGUUCAUCGCACUGCAGCCAUUGUCCAGGGCAAGGAAUCAGCUGAGCAAAAUUAGCUUACUGAGGCAGGUUCAGGUAUCAACUGCUUGGACUCCAUGUGCUGCUUCUCAGAUGGGGAAACAGCAUGCACAUCUAUUAGAAGAAUGCUGGAACGACUAAUGGGAAGAUGUAGUCCAACCCGGGUCAACAGAUCAUGGAGUUCAUCGGAUCCCUUCUAUGCCAACGACAGAAGCAUCUUGACUCUCUCCACAAUGGACUCACCCACUUGUUAACCAGGGCGUUUGUAAAUGCCUUGUGGAAGCUCACACACCUAUGCGAGUUCAGUGCUACACCCCUGUCCUAGGAAAUACUAGUAUCACUGCUAAAUGCAAACUGUGGCUUGUCUUGUGGCCUAGUAUAAGUCAUCUGGACAGUAAUCACUCCCAGGAUUUUUUUUUAAUUAUAUCCACAAAUUGCUAACUAUAUAUGUAUGUAUAUCUCAACAUAUAUAUAUAAUAUAUAUUUUUUUUUAAGGAACACUUUUACUUCUGACCAUUUAAUGUUUUUUGUUACUGUAUGAGCAGAUUGGAAUUCUGCAUUUGAUACUUGAGACAUCGCUGUAGCACAAAAACUCCCAAAUUUAAGUGACCCAGUAGAACUGAAUUUGCACAAUUAAACUUUAAAGUUUCAUUUUCCAUGAUGACCCUUCAUUCUAACACACAUUCACUUUGACUUCUCUCUUACAGAUGCUGCCUUAGCAGUUUGCAGAUCAAUUUUGUUAUUUCCAUGGAUGGUUACUAUGUUCUAUAAGCAAUCCGUUUAGUAAUUUUUGAGAGUUAAAUACAAUUCAGAUAUUUAUGCUGGUUGCUGGUGUACAAAUCUCAGUGGAAAUAUGUAGGGAUAGAGGGCUUUGGUAAAACACUGUUAACUUUGACAAAUCAAUAAUUUGGAGUAAUAAGGGAUAUAACGGGUAAAUGUUUUCUUAAAGUAUAAUCCAGAAGCCAGUCAUCUUAUGCCCUGUGUGUUUUGUUAACAAUUCUUGAUCCUUACAUGGGGAAAAAAGCAUGUAAGAAUCAGUGGAUUGUGCAGAAGUCUCACUAGCAUAAAUACUUUGAAUUAUUAACCCUUUUAAAGUUGGGGAUUUUUUGCAUGUUUUAUUCUUUUUCAUGUGUUUGGUCAUAUUGUACUUUGAAGAUACAGUUAAUGCUUAAUUAUCUUCAUAUAUCUGAAGAGUCUGAGACAUUGAUAUCUAUGUUUUGAUACCUAAGUAUGCCAAUAAAAACAAAUUGCACAGAUGGAGCUUGGCAUGGUACAUCUUAGACAUAACAUCUGUUGUCCCAGUAUAAAUGUGCAUGUUUGGGGCUGGGUAGCACCAUUUGCCUGUUGGACCAGCCGGGAUGACUAAACCUAUGGUUGUCUGUGUAUGUGGGAGAUAAAUUAGAUAUCCAAAUGUUGGCCCAGAAGCAGCAGCAUUUUUACCAGCCUCUAGCCAUAAAAACUGCUAUACCUAAGGCAUGCUCUGUGGCUGUCCCUGGGGGCAGCACCUGCAUUUCAAAUCAGUCUUUGACACUGAAGUCCCAUCAGUAACUGGCAGAAUCUUACUAUCAAGAGAGUAAAACAUGUAAAGCUGCGUAUUAGGAUUAUCUCUGGGUGGCAUAAACUACAGAUCAAAGACAGACUGUAAAUACCUACAAGAAUUUCUUUAAUAAAGAUGUGGUUAAGCGUAGGAUUUGAACAAAACCAGUACUAGCUGCUUUCACCCUGCCUCCACAAGUUUCCACUUUUGGCUUAAGUACUGUCCCCCAAGCAAAUUACAUGGCAAAUACUCUUUAUUUUGUAAUUCAGGCAGCCACAUCUUAUCCUUCUGGUAUGACAUCUCAGUGGGGCCUGGCCUGCUGCCAGAGGAGUGUAUCCCUCUUAUUGUAGUCAUCCCAAAUCCUCCUGACUUCAGUGAGCUGCAGGAGAGGAAGUGUUCAAGAGGUAUUGACUUUCUUUGUAUCGAAUGUCCUGGAUGUUCCUUACCUAUAAACAGCUCUGCUAUUCCUUAUUCUUGUUAACGAUUUAACUGGUAUUAUUCCAGUUCUCUUAAUUCAAAAAUAAGUUUCAACAACUGGAAGCUUCACUCUGAAGUGAAGGCUGCAGGUACUGCUGGAUUUUCAAGAUCACAUUGUUCGAGGCAACGUUUGUGUAGUACAGAAAUUGUUACUGCAGCCUUGUUUUGAAACUUGUAGUGAUUUGAAUGUGCAGUACCUGAGGUUUUUGUCUCACUGCUAUAGAUGAAGACAGAGCAGUUCACAAAUUAAAAAGCUCUUAAAAGUUAAUGAUGAAACAGAAAAAACAAAAUCAAAAUAUAGCAAAUUUUCCUUUUAAAUAACUGUUUAGUUUGGUGUUCAUAGCUCAUAUCUGUAUUAUGCCUUCAGAUACAUAAGUGCAGUGAAGUUUAAGCUUGAGAAUUUCAAUUGUACAGCAGAUCCCCACAUUGAGUGUCCAGACAAUGAAGAUUCACUGAAAAUUGUGUCUGUUUCAUACCUGGUUCCUAUGCAGAGGCUAUAAACUGAUUGUCAGCUCUCCAGUCCUGAAGAGGACUUUUAUCCACAUAAGCAAUAGUAAUGAGAGAUACUUGAAUUUCUUUCAUCUUCUCCUGUAACUUAACUUUAUAUAUUGUAUAUAUAAUAUUGAAUCUGUUUUUUAAAUAAUUAUUUUCUUCUUAGUUUCUCAUUCUAAGUUUGUACUGCUAUGGGUGCCUAGGAAUAAUUCUUCUAAGUACCCUAAUCAGGUAUCUGCUGUUUACCUGUAUCUUUUAUGUUGAAAUCAGUGUUCCAUGUUUCAGAAGUACUUGUUUGUCCAAGUCGAACACAGCAUUCUUAUCAUCCCUUCAAUUUGUGUGCCAUGCAACCUCAUCACUCUGUGUGGUUAGUGUAUCACAUACUGAAAUAUAAACUGCCAUUUUAUGUAGUAGAAGGCAGAGGCUUUGGAUAUAUGACCCCACUCCAAGCAUUGAGACUGGCUCGGCUCUGUACAUAGAUAAGCUUUAGGCUUUUACCACACAAGUGUGUUAAUUUUAUUUGCACACAAGAAGCACCAUCAUGUAUUUGAAGAAUAAUUUAUGUUCAUUAUGUGUUUCUUUAAAACCUUCCAUCUUCUCCCUCUCCCCCUGCUUUCCCUUUUCCCAGUGUUUGUAAGGUCACCGAAGAAACAUGCAUUUAAACAAUUCAGGAAGAACUUAAGAAUCCAUCUGUCUGCCAAGGUAUAUUUUUCUAUUUGCAGUAAAUCUAAAUCCAUAAUUUCUCAUUUAGUAAGAACAUAGGAGUGGUUUGCAUAGGACCAAAUUUCUUGCUCUGACAAAUAUUUUGGAUGCAAGAAGUGACUGUGGUUUUGUCCUGAUGUCAGAAAUCUUUUAAACUUGCUUCUAGUAAAAAGACAGAUUUUGUGUAUUUCUGUGGCAGCUGAAGUGUGUGAAACCAUUCACUGUGUGUUGGGUACAGUGUAGAAUUCAUGAAGAAGACUGAACAAAAGGCAGCUAAUUCACUAGCAUUCAUCUCACUGAUUUACAGUAGGAAUGGAUGAGGAAGAAUUUGCCGUAGAAAGCAAAUGUUUUAGAAUUACCUCUUAGCCUCGAAAUCUAAUGUACGGCAGAAAAGCCUGGAGUAGAUGUUUUAACAAUGAUGUGUCGUCACUUUACUAUGCAGUCUCUUUAAAGAAGCACCUUCUCCUUCACCCCCUUCAGAAUGGGACUGAGUUCUCAGCAUAUUUUAGUUCUUGUUCUGUGAAAAGUAGGGUUUGGGUUUGUAUACACAGUUGCCAAAUUUAUGCUUUUUUAAAAGGUGCAGUGGAAAAGAUGAAGUACAAAGAUGCUCUGAAUUGUUUCACAAACUAAAAUGUAAAUAUUAUGCUUAAGAUAUUCUGUGUAAUUUUUAAGGUUAUGAGGAGAAGUGGGAACAAAAAAUGCAAAUGAAGGAAUGCUGAAAACUGGCUUUACAUUUGCAGAAUGAUUGCUUGUUUUUUAGUGCAAAAGCUGAUUUGAGGAAUGAUUAUGCAACUUAGAAUGCGUAUUAGGCAACUAUAAUUUCUUACUGGAAAACUUUGGUAAUACUUUCAAACAGGGGUUUUUUUUAUGACAGUACAACUUCUAUAUUGAAAAAAAAAUCUCAUUUUUCUAGUGUUAGAAAUGUCUCAAAGCUGUAGUCUACAUUAUUUUUAAUAGUUUUAUCUGAUUGUUCUGUACUCUAAAUAUUAGUAAUUUUGGUGAAAUUUGGUGUUCAAAAGUGUUUGAUCAUAACGUGCUUCUGAACCAUUUGAGAGUCUUGUUUUCUUGGUGUAAAAUACCAAGUAAGUAACUCCCACCAGCACUGCCAUUUACAGCCAUCACUGCUUUAAAAGAAUUAUGCCUAGAGCUGGGUGAACCCAUCAUUAUGGACUGAUUUUAGACUUUUUUUCUGCUCAUGUUUUUUUUUUGGUUGUCCUUCUGUAUGCUCUUUGAUUCUGUUGUUUGCUUCCAGUUGCAUGAUUUGUCUGGUUUCUGCUCUCUAUUGGAAUGACUCAGUUUAUAACAGGAGGAGGAAAGAUGGGAUGCUCGGGGCUGUAUCAGCAUUGCCAGAAGCACAAUUGCAUCAGUAUUUGCAAGGCUUCUGCUUUCCAUAGAUUUUUUUUUUUCCUUCACCUAAAUACUGCUCACAGAGGCAUCUGAAAUAACUCGGUAGAGACCUUGUGUGCUGCCCAAGCUUCUGUGGCUUGUGUUGAAAGGAAUGUUCUCACCACUUUGAAGUACACGCCCUUUCUGUAGCUGUUGCCACACUAUGAUGUUGAUUACAAUAAGUACAUACAAUUGUCAUUACUGUAGGUAUGACUUUUUUUGUUGUUGUUUCCAGUUAGUAUAAAUGCAUAGACAUGAAUAAAAUCUGCAGGGAUGAAAUGUUAAAGACCUCUGCAUCUGACAUUCAGGGGAAAAAUUGGUUAUGACACAAAGUAUGACUUGACUUGUCUGAAAGAUACCUUGAAGUGCACCUAAAUGGCCUGUGGUUUGUAUUGAUUUUGCCUCAGCCAUUUUUAAAGAAAUUACAAGCAUGUUCUCCACCUUUUUAUCUUUUUGCAAUGGGAUGUAAGGGCCAUAAGAGUUUAGGAAGGGGAAAAUGGUUAAAAAUGAGACCCACUUGCAGGUAUAAAUAAGGCCUCAGUACUGCAACAAAGAAUAGAUUUUUCCCAAUUCCUAGUUACGGUCCCAUGAGAGAUUUCAGGUCCUAUGCACGCUAAAAUAACAAAGUGUCUAGACUGCUGGGUUGUUGUUUUUUUUCCACUGAAGUGUGAUCAAAUUCUGCUUCCUUUUUUGAAUUAAAAAAACUUGAACGAUAUCAUCUCUGUAGGAAUUACCUUUUAAAGAGGUUGAGCCUUAAUUUUAGGCAGAUAAGGGGCAUUGACAACUGGAAACUGUAGCAAUAAUUAGUACAAGGAAUUUCGGACCUCUGACACUGUGGCUGCCUGAUGUUAUUUUUGAUUCUCUUGACAGCAGGUCUGUGUGCUUGCUCAUUGUACAGCUUGGUCAGUAAAAGUUGCUUUAAAAAUGGUUUAUGAAAAUUAUAUUUAUUAAAUAAAUCUUUCGCUUCUGA